UAUUUAUUCCUUUCACAUUUAUAAAGAUGGUAUUUGCCUUUGUAGCAGGUGAAAGUUGCUCCUCUUUACCCUUCUCCUGUGUUGUUUGAAAAGUGCAUCAGUGUUGAGUACGUAACAUAAUACAGCUGUCUUUUUGACUGGAAAAUGAAAGCCUGCCUAAUAGUUAAAAGAUUCAAUAGGCAGAAGACAUUUCUCAUAAGUUACGUUCCAUGUAAAUCCAGUUAAGGCAAAAGAACUUUUUAGUCAAUGAAGCAGAGUGUAGGACAGAAAUAAUACAAAGCAUAUGGAGGCUUUAAUAAACAGAGGGGAAAAAAGCAGUGCAGAAACACUGCCAGUUCUCUUGGGUGACACAAAGACUGGGAGGAGAUGGCAGUUAUUUGAUGUCACGGUUAUUGACUAUAUUAAAUAUGUUGAUUUUCCUUGUUUUAAUUGCUUUUGAAAGGGUAUUUGCAUUACAUUAAGCUAAAUCAUGCAGCAGAUCACUGCUAUGUCCUUGAUCCUGACUGAAAUCCCAGUCCAGAGAUAGUUAAAAGAAACCCAUGUUUUUCCCCCAUAAUAUGCAGCCACAACAAAAUCUAAAGAGAUUUCUUCCCUUAACCUUCAGCUUACAUAAAAAACACAUUGCUUAUCUAUCCAAGUUUCAGCUCCUAAAAAUACUGAGGAAAAUCCUGCACUUCAUAUUAAUACCUAAAAAACAAAAAACAAAAACCCAGUUUCAGCACAGUUCCAAGCCCAGCAGGUGGCACUGCUUUCAUUUACAGCUGGCUUUACAAAUCCUCAUCCCACACACAGGAAUUCCAUUUCCUACAAGUUUACUGUCCAGAAAAAUGGCAUGAAUCAAAAUUUCCACCAGUUCCCCUAGCAGAGGGGCUGGGACUUCAGUUAAACGAGAUCAAAACCUGACAUUUUCAUAAUUUUAAAGGAUCUCUAAGGAUUUCAAAGUUAUUUUCACCCACAACUGUGUAUCGCCUGCAGGACAUGAAGACAGGCCAUAUUUUCCUCUCCUCCUUUCUGCUUUCGUACAGAACUGUGGACCUGGUUAAUGUAGCACUGCAGAAACAUUUCUGGACAAUGAAUCACACUGCUUGCUCUAUUAAAUUAAAGAAAGACAAAGAACAGCAAGGACUUGCAAGACAUUGGCAGUUCUGCAAUGGGGAUACACAGGCCUGUGAGCAGCCACAUCUGUCCUCACGCCUUUAGUUGAAUCAAAGAAAGUUUUCAACAUCAGUCCAUUAACAUUAUGGAGCGGACGCUGCAGAAAUAUGGAAGCUAUGAAAAGUUUGAACAGGCCACCGGUGGCAGCUUGCUGACCAAAAGCCGCAUCUGGAAUCAUGUUAGGAAAUACAUGGUGAAGGAAGGCUGUCUUGGUGAGAUUGUGGUCCAUCUCACGGAGGACCUGCUUUCUCGAGCCUCAAUGACGGUGGUGAAUGGCCGCCCCACUCUCACUAUCAAUAUCUCCACUGCGAGAGAGCACUGGCUGGAAGGGAUGCUGAGACAUGAAAUUGGAACUCAUUAUUUCCGGGGCUUUAACAACAAUAGCCAGCCUUGGUGCAACUGGAACGGACGUAGAAAACAUGGGUUGAAACCAAUCAACCCUACAGAAGAAGGGCUGGCAAGCAUCCACAGCGUCCUGUUCCGCAAAGACCCUUUCCUCUGGAGGGCUGCCCUGCUCUACUACACCGUCUAUCAGGCCAGCCAGAUGUCCUUCAGCCAGCUGUUCCAGGACGUGGGGAAAUUUGUCCAGGACCCCAAUACCAGGUGGGAUUACUGUGUACGAGCCAAGAGGGGCUGGACUGACACAUCACAGCCAGGCUGCUUCAAUAAGGAUCAGGUGUACUUAGAUGGCAUCCUCCGAAUCCUGAGAUACAGGGAGUCCAUCGAUUUCCACCUUCUGACAGCACUUGGCAAAAUCUCAUAUGAAGACGUGGACCGUCUGAAAGGGUUGGCUGUGAUUGAGAACAUGAGGGUACCACACUUCCUGCAAGACCAUGCCCGGUAUAUGGAGCACUUGGAAAAGAUUAUGGAGGUCAAUGAGCUGACUGAUGAGGAGCUCCAGGAUCUCAUAGACUAACAGUAGCAGCCAGCUGCUCGCUCUGUGCAAUGAGGACAUAGAACUGGACUUCUGAGAGGUUGCAAAAAUGGACUGAGCAAGGGUGGAGCAGGAGGAAAAGGCAGCCAGAGUAUGUGGAAUUCAGAAAAAGCCCCUUUGUGCUCCUUUUGCAUUGUGAUUGUAUACCAAUGGGUUUUUUUUAAGAGUUUGUGCAUAUUUGAGUCUGGUUUAGGAAUCCCUUUGCAGUGACCUGUCCAGCCACCUGCUCUGCUUUGCGGGCUAGGCGUAGUGCUUGUCACUUUCCUUUGUGAUAUACUGCCUUUUCCCAUCCAGAUUUAGAGGUGGAGCAAAGGAGAAAGAGGGGAAAUUCCCCUUUUGUCUACUCAUGUACUCUGCCUUUGGUCAGCUUUCACAACUUGUAGAGAUAGCAGCGUUGUAGUUAUGCUACCUCAUUGUCUGUGUGACUCUUUCUUAUUUGUCAUCACUGCAACAGGUUUAAAACCAUAAUCACAGUGCACAGAAGCGGGUCUUUGUGCAACAGCUCUGUGAUACCAUCAAGAAGUUGUUUUUUUUUUUUAUUAGGAGAUUCAGAUGAAGAAAAAAAAAGAAAAAGGUAUUGUUGUUUUGAUGACUGCAAACAGGUAGCAAAAUUAUCUUCUUUGUUAUUCCCCCAGAUUGCUACUGUUCCACAUCUCUGUCUGUAUAGUACAUGUUUAGGAAGCUGAGCCCUGGAAGGGUCUCUCUCCUUUGAGGAUAAGUGUAUCAUGGCUAGUAAGUCCUGUAGGGCAGCAUUUUGGAAGAAAGCUUGGGCAGAACUGUGAUUUUAUGACUUGUUUUUUAUCAGUACGAUCAGGAAUGUAGGGACGUAAGUCAGCACAGCAGGCAGCACUCACUUCUCCUCUGGGUCUCCUGAGCCUCCAGAGCACCAAGUCACUUUGUGAG